CAUAACAGACUUGCCGACUUGCCUCGUCUUGUUUGAUGGAUUCAUACACCGAUCGCUUUAGAAAAUUGAUUUUAAAGAUUGUAAAUAUCAGUAAUGGCCUCUGUCUAGGCUUCUUUGUACUUAAUGAGUUCAGCUGAGGAGACCAGUGUCGUAGAUCUGCAAGAACUACUUCAAUACUUCGCAAAAAACACGUACAAAGCUCGCGGAACUGAACCUAAAAUAGAACUUAUUCAGAAAAAAUGCCAUAAUCUGUUCGCCAAAGAUUACAAAUUUUCGACGAUUUCUAACGAGGCCGGUGAAUUAUGUGGCCACUACCCGAUAAAGCUAGUCAUCCUGGAAUCGGAAGCCGGGCAAGACCAGGACAAAAUAAAUGAGAGCUCAAAUCUUAGAGAGCUGUUUAUGAAGGCAAGGUUUGCAAGAUGUCGUUCGCGAUUUGUUAUUCCUGUGAUAUUAUUUGAAAACAAGAAUAUUUGUCGAUCAGCAACUUUAUCAAGUGCUGCAGAAAUAUAUGGUCGUUCAAGUUAUGACUUUAUAUUCGCAGGAGGAGAGAGUAUUCCAGUUGAAGAAUCCAAGCCUGAAGAUGCUGCAGAAUACUACCAAGGUAAUGACUGGGCAUUGUUUGACCGUAUCCGAGGCCAGGACAUAAAACUUCUUAAAGAACUUAAAGUUGGUUAUAUUUUUGACCUGAUGAUGGAGAAGAAAAAAGUCAAGUAUGGAAUGAAUGUAACCUCAUCAGAAAAGGUAGACAAGGCUAAUCGUUAUUCAGACUUCUGUCUGUGUUGUGUUCCAUACCCUGGAUGUGAAUUCUUCAGGGAUUUUAAAGGAAAAGGUUACAGUGCCGAUGGAUUGUAUUUUGACUGGAAACAAGACUAUGUCGAUGCUCAGAUUACUAUACCAGAAAAAAUACACAUUCAACUUGGAAUUGAAUGGAAUCGAUACAAGGGCUGGGAUUUAAUAAUGUUGACUCAAAACUAUUUGCUACUUCUUCUAAAUUUUAUCAAAAAUGGUGACAGUGGUACAUUAAUCCACUGCAUUUCUGGCUGGGACAGGACACCUCUCUUUGUCUCUCUUGUUAGACUCUCACUCUGGGCAGAUAAGAAGGCUCAUAAAAAUCUCAAUGCAGCAGAGAUUCUGUACUUGACUAUUGCAUAUGACUGGUUUUUGUUUGGACAUGACCUGGCAGAUAGAAUACAAAAAGGAGAAGAGGUUUUCUAUUUUUGUUUCCAUUUUCUAAAGUACAUUGGAUCAGAUGUAUUUUCUAUGAACUCCUUACAGCAAUUCAAGGAUCAAACUAUUCCAAGUUCUGUAACAAGACCAAGAUGUGAUUCUGGAGUACAGUUUGACGGUGCUGUCUUGCUGGAGCAAUGGCGCGGUGAAGGCAGUAACACGAGUCUUAAUAGCUGUGGUAGUGGUAGUGGUUGUUCUGAGCCACGUCUUAGUUAUUUUAUUGGUCAAGAGGUUCCUGACGUCAAACAAGCUUCUCUUAACUCGACUCACUCCACGUUUACAAAUGGAGCAUCAACGCCCAAUACUCAUUCUUCCCAGUCGUCUCUUAACUCUUCGCCUCGUUCAACUCUUUCAUUUACAAAUGGCUGUGACCAAGAGUCUGACGUCAUAGCACAGUCCACAAGCCCUUUACCUGUACCUAGAAGAUCAAGGAAAACAUCCAUGAACUCUGAUCACAGAUCAUCUUCGUCUUCAAUUUGUGGAAGUUGGCAGCUGGUGUCAGGCACAGGUAGCCCAAAGGGAACUACCACAGUAGGACAUGGAAUCAGUACUAACAGUCUUUGUGAAGCCAUAGAAGAAGUGUCCCCUCGUCAGCAGCGGUUAGAUAACGUUCGUACUCUAUUUGUCAAGAUCUACGCUAAAGUCAUUGGUUACCCCAUCCAAGAAGGCAACACCUUCUCUAACAUCCUAGACCACGUGACCGGGAGGAUACGCGAGAGUUGGAGUACUGCGGUUUAGUAUAUUAUUACUAUUAUUAUUUAAAUAUUUUUGGAUGAAAAUUAGGAAAUAUAUGAACAUUUUGCUGUGACCCAGUCAUCGUACGAAUGAAAUUCAAAAAUGUAAAAAUUAGAUGUGACUAUUAUCAUUAUGGAAAGUGAAUUUACUUAAGUGCUACACGGACAUCUGUAUUUUUCUGGUCUUUCUUAUCCCAGAUUCUUCUCGUCUAAUCUAGUAUAUAACCAGUGUUGGUGGCAAUUACUUUGUUAAAUAAUGAACGAUUUUUGAGUCAUGGAAAGUCUGGUUUUCAAAGAAGACGAUAGCAACUUAAGAAUUCUUGAAGACAUAACAACGUGUUAAGAUGAUAACGCUUAGGACCGAAGUGACCAGUAAAAGGAGAAGAAAAUAAUGUCUUCUUUGCUUAAUGCGUCGUUCUUACUGCUGCGGUCAAUAUCCAGUGAAAACCAGCCUUCAGUGAGUGAAUUAUUCUUGUGGGGUUUUCCAGUGUUUGGUCUGAGAAUUUAAUUGUUUAUGAUCGAGAAUAAGUAAUAGAGGGCUGCACACACUGAUAACAGGUUCUUGUCAUCGAAAGAGUAAGAACUUGCAUUUAGCAUUUCAUAAAUAUCCAUGCCGAUAGUUUUACCUGAAAAGUCCGCGGAAUACUCAGAACAAGAUUUGCGCACAUGUUGCACGCGACUGGGCCGAGAUUUUCUGCUCAAAGGAAAUUUAUGGAAAUGAUAGUCGUACUGUGUGGUGCUGUGCUGCAAUUCAUGCAUUGCGCUAGCAUCUAGACAAGCAUACGUUUCAUGAUGCAAGUGUAAUGAUAUGAAUGUGAUUGUAAGCAUAGGCCUCUCAGUUGUGCGUCUCUCGAAGGUUUUGAAAUUUCGGGUAAAAUUAAUCCGGUUUUUAUAAUUACGCGACCACCACAGCCCAAGGCGUCCGUCAAUCAAAAUAUACCACACUCCGACCGUUGGAAAUUUGAUUAAUAGAAUCAUCUCGAAUUAUAGCUAUAUGCGUCUGUAUGGUUCGCGUAAUUGUGAAAGUGGAUACGGGAUGGAAUGAAACUAGAUGUAACAGCUAGUAAUCUCGUCAUGGAUCAAGGUUACUGCAUUAUGAAUGACUGAUCAUAGGACUGCGUCACUAAAAAGAUCAUUCACGUUUUUGUACAUCAAAAAAUAAAAGCAAGAAUUCAAAAA